GGUGGGCGGGGACUUUCUCCCGGCGUGCUGUCAUCGCCAAGCGAAGUGCUGCUGGAUGUCUGAGCUCGCGUCAGUCUGGAGGCUCAGGCUGUAAGAGAAAGAAAGGUACGAACUCGUUUGGCGCUUGGCCGAUAAGGAUACUUUGUUGGUGAUCUGGUGACGUUCUCGAUGUAAGGUCCACUUCUUCCAGCUGUCGUUCUGAGUUGGCGGCAGGCUGUGAGAAAAGGUUCCACUCUGCAGUGCCUCGAAACUCCUCAGACGCUUGUCCUUCACAUCCAAUUGAUGUUUGUCAAUUGUUGUGCCAGUGGCCUUUCGAGAGGUAUGACAACGGCAUCUCAAAAAAGAGGCCCCUCCUCCUUCAUUCAUCAUUGAGCACACCAAGUGAUAUCAUGAAGAAGGGUCCUGGAAGUCCGCUCUUCAAGGAGUCUGCUUGCAAGAUAUGAGCAUUUUGAACCCGGUGACGGAUAACAAAUCAAACCUUGUGGGAGUCGUGGGAAGCCCAGAAGAAUACCAUAGAGGCAUGCAGUCAGAGGAGUUAUUUAGCAGAAAACUUAAAACCCUCAAUGGUAGCAUGGGACCACCAGGCUCCAACAUGCAGGGCAAGCUUGAAGGUCCCGGCAAAAUAAAUGGUAAUCCAGCCAUGCCUAAAAUGGGCGUCAGGGCCAGGGUAACAGAAUGGCCACCAAGAAAAGAUGGAUGGGAUGGACGGCCAUCACCAAACUAUCAGAGUGUGAUACCAAUAUUUCAGAACGGCCAACAGGACCAUACUGUGGAAUUAACUGCGCAAGAUGAAACUGGGUGUUUGGAGGUAGACUACUCUGAUGUGAAGUAUACAAUGAGUGACCUCCUUAGCCACUCACCAUUGAAAGGCCUUCACCCUAUUCGUCAACGCAGCAACAGCGAUGUCACAAUCAGCGACAUUGAUUCUGAAGACGUAGUCGACCAGACAGCUGUCAAUCCGAACACCGGCGCCUCUUUACAUCGUGAAUAUGGAAGUACAUCCUCUAUUGACCGCCAAGGUUUAAGUGGGGACGGCUUUUUUACCAUGCUCAAAGGCUACAGAGUGGAUUCCAUGGACCACCGCAGUGUACCACCCCUGGGUUUUCCAGAGUUGUUGCGCUGUGAUGCCUCCCUCUCCCCCAGUUUACAAACAGCAGCCCAGAUUGCCAGGGGGGAGUUUGUCACAAUUCCAGGCUACGACUAUAUAGACAGCGCUCUCCUCUACAGCAGAGAAAGGGAGAAGUCAUUCAUGAGGCGUCUUAAGUCAGAGUCAUCCGAAACAUCUUUGUUUCGGAAAUUGCGGACAAUUAAGAGUGAAAGCGAUGCUUUGAGACUCUCUCUGGAGGAUGACCGUAGACCACUCAGCUUUCAAAAAUGCUUUGCUCAUUAUGACGUUCAGAGCGUUCUUUUUAACAUUAGUGAAGCUGUUGCAAGCCGAGCUAACCUGAGCCAGAGGAAAAACACCACUACUGGAGCUUCAGCUGCUUCCGCUGGAGGCUUGUCCAGUGUUGGGGCCAGUGCUCUACCGGGACCAGGACCAGAUGCUGGAGUUAUAGGAUGUAGUAGUGGAAAUUCUGCCUUUUUUGAGUCACCACUAGGCAGCAGGGAAGACUUGAACCCAAAGGAGAACUUGGAUGCUGACGAGGGGGACGGAAAGAGCAAUAGCCUCGUGUUGGGCUGCCCGCACUUUCGCAACGAGAUUGGAGGUGAAGGCGAGAGAAAGAUUUCACUUUCCAGAGCCAACAGUGCCAACUAUAGCGGACUAUCAGAGAGCUGCUCCUUUGAAUCCUCGCUGAGUUCCCACUGCACCAAUGCCGGCGUCUCUGUACUCGAGGUGCCUCGAGAAAGCCAGCCCAUCCAUAGAGAGAAGGUCAAGCGCUACAUCAUUGAGCACAUUGACCUUGGUGCUUACUACUACCACAAGUUCUUCUAUGGAAAAGAGCAUCAAAACUAUUUUGGUGUAGACGACCAUCUGGGACCUGUAGCAGUCAGCAUCCGCAGGGAGCGGCUGGAUGACGGAAAGGAGAAAGAUGGAAUGCAGUACAACUAUCGAGUCACCUUCCGAACCAGUCAGUUGACCACCCUUCGAGGAGCCAUUCUGGAAGAUGCAAUCCCAUCCACAGCGCGACAUGGGACGGCUCGUGGGUUGCCGCUGAAGGAAGUACUUGAAUACGUAAUCCCGGAGCUCAAUAUCCAAUGCUUGAGGUUGGCAAUCAACUCCCCUAAAGUACCGGAACAGCUACUCAAGUUGGAUGAACAAGGGUUAAGUUUCCAGCACAAGGUGGGCGUACUGUAUUGUAAGGCGGGCCAAAGCUCAGAAGAAGAGAUGUACAACAACGAGAGCGCUGGACCAGCACUGGAGGAGUUCCUGGAUCUUUUGGGCCAGAGAGUUCGCCUCAAAGGCUUCGCCAAGUACAGAGCGCAGCUCGAUAACAAAACGGAUUCCACAGGCACACAUUCUCUCUAUACCACCUACAAGGACUACGAGCUAAUGUUUCAUGUCUCCACCAUGCUCCCCUACACACCCAACAACAGACAACAGUUAUUGCGGAAAAGGCACAUUGGCAAUGAUAUCGUCACCAUCGUGUUCCAGGAACCCGGGGCCCUUCCUUUUACACCAAAGAGCAUCCGUUCUCAUUUCCAGCAUGUAUUUGUCAUCGUCAAAGUCCACAAUCCGUGCACUGAUAAUGUCUGCUACAGUGUUGCCGUGUCCAGGUCAAAAGAUGUGCCGCCAUUUGGCCCCCCGAUUCCGAAGUCUGUGACCUUCCCAAAGUCUGCAGUUUUUAGGGACUUCCUGCUUGCCAAAGUCAUAAAUGGAGAAAAUGCAGCGCAUAAGUCAGAGAAAUUCCGAGCCAUGGCGACCCGUACGCGGCAGGAGUACCUGAAGGACCUGGCGGAAAACUUUGUUAGCACUGCUACGAUUGACUCUGCUGUCAAAUUCAGCUUCAUUAACCUCGGGGCCAAGAAGAAGGAGAAAGUGAAACCCAGGAAGGAUGCACAUGUGCUCAGUGUUGGAGCCAUCACGUGGAGCGUUCGGGCCCGCGACUUUGGCCAGUCGUUGGAUGUGGACUGCUUGCUCGGCAUAUCCAACGAGUUCAUUGUGCUCAUUGAGGAGGAAUCAAAAAAUGUCGUUUUCAACUGCUCUUGUCGCGAUGUCAUUGGAUGGACCUCAGGGAUUAUGAGUAUAAAGAUCUUCUACGAGCGCGGGGAGUGUGUCAUGUUGUCUGCCCAUGACAACUGCGGAGAAGACAUCCGGGAGAUGGUGCAAAGAUUAGAGAUCACGACCAGAGGCUGUGAGACUAUAGAGAUGACUUUGCGGCGCAACGGCCUGGGCCAGCUCGGUUUCCACGUCAACUUUGAGGGAAUCGUGGCUGAUGUCGAGCCCUUUGGCUUCGCUUGGAAGGCAGGCUUGAGACAGGGAAGCCGACUGGUGGAGAUCUGCAAGGUAGCUGUCGCCACUCUCACCCACGAGCAGAUGAUCGAUCUGCUGCGUACCUCCGUGGCUGUCAAAGUGGUUAUUAUCCAACCAUAUGAAGAUGGGACCCCUCGAAGGGGCUGCUCUGAGCUGUAUCGUAUUCCCAUGGUGGAGUACAAAGUCGACAGUGAGGGUACACCCUGCGAGUACAAGACACCCUUCAGAAGGAACACCACCUGGCAUCGGGUGCCCGCGGCGGCUGGAGCUCCUCUGUCCAGAGGGUCACCCACUCAGGGUCCUGACCGCCUCCAGUGUCAGCAGAUCCUACAGCAGCAUCAGGCCGCUAUCCCACGAAGCACAUCCUUUGAUAGGAAGUUACCAGAUGGAUCCAGAAUGAUGCAGGAUUUGGAGAAUCCUCAGGUUACUUCUUGUAACAAGGGAGAUCAGCAUUACCGCAGCUCCCCCAGUAACCAGUCCUCCUCCAGCGAUCCAGGACCCUGUGGCAGCAGCUCCUGGUCCCAACAGCCUGGAUAUGAUGGAUGUCCCUCUCCUAUCCUUCAUGAGCAUGCAGGAGACGUCCAGGGGGGCGAUGGAGACAUCCACAGGGAGAGAGAGCCCACUCUGGAGAGGACCAGGUCGGCAGAGGCCAAGUGGCACAUACCCGCCACAAAAAUCCUGAACCCUUUGAAGCAGCGAGAAGGAAGCAAAGACUCCCCAAACAAGCUCUCCAGGAUGGGCGAUAAGAACUCGAGCCACUCGAGUAGCAAUACUCUGUCAAGCAACGCGUCCAGCAACAGCGAUGAUAAGCACUUUGGCUCAGGAGACUUGAUGGACCCGGAGAUGUUGGGUCUCACUUACAUCAAAGGGGCCUCCACGGACAGCGGCAUCGAUACCAAUCCCUGCAUGGUCCCUGGGGCUCGGGUGUUGAUGCAGAGCAGGGUGGGGGAGCUGGGACACCCAUGGGUGUCAGAGCACCAUGAGGACGGGGCAUCUGAAGAGGACCAUGGCAAACCAUACCUGCCACAGGGUUACGCUUCUGCCUUAAUGGCUAGUAAUGUGACAGAGGGAAGCAUCGGAGACCUGAGCGAGAUCUCUUCACACUCGAGUGGCUCACAUCACUCUGGCAGUCCGUUGGCGCGCGGUGCCAGAUAUUGUAUGUCCGCCGACUCCACCAAGGUGUACACCAUCCCUCAGACCAGCAGCUCAGGUGCAGAGCCCGAGCCGCAGCCUGGGCCAGGCCCCGUUUAUGGCCUGGAUCCCAGCUCAGAAGCUUGUGAACAGACAUGUUCACAGCCAGAUGGCAAUCUCCCAGUGAAGGCAACUGAUAAUGAUGGUGAUGACGAUGCUCACAGCAAAGAGGAACCUCCCAACAUUUCAGAGUGUGGGCAACUGUAUGCACAGGAGGCCGCCUGCCGCCUCCAGGCCGCCGAGCGGGAUGAAAAAUCAUUACAGAGACUUUCAAAGCAGGAAUACGUGAAAAUGAUGCUACCCGACAGUCCACCAGGAGGAGGCAGGGGUCAAAAGCUGUCUGUGACAGGAAGUCUGUCGCCACGUCAUUCCCUGUACCGGACGUUAUCGGAUGAGAGUGUAUGUAGCAACCGCAAGGGCUCAUCGUACGCUAGCUCCCACAGCUCAAUGCUGGACCAAGCCAUGCCGAACGACAUCCUCUUCAGCACCACACCACCUUACCACUGCACCCUGCCUCCUCGCAUGAUCCACAACCAGCCGCAGUCCAACCUGAGGAAUGAGUUUUGGUUCUCUGACGGCUUCUUGGCAGACAGGUCCAAGUUCAGCGACCCGGGCCUCAUGCCCCUCCCAGACACUGCCACAGGCCUGGACUGGUCUCACCUGGUUGAUGCAGCAAAAGCCUUUGAAGACCAGCGUGUGGCAUCUUUCUGCACGAUGACAGAUAUGCAGCGGGCCGAAGCACUGGAGAUAUCUCGAGAGCUGACCAGACGGGUUGUGGAGGCAGAAGGAGCGGCCCUGGACACAGACGUCCCAUCGACACUCACAGGCAAAGUGAACCAGCUCGAGGUGAUCCUCAGGCAGCUGCAGCAUGACCUCCGAAAGGAAAAGGAGGACAAGGCGAUGCUACAGGAGGAGGUACAGCACCUGAGGCAGGACAACAUGCGGCUGCAGGAGGAGAGCCAGACGGCGUCGGCUCAGCUCAGGAAGUUUACCGAGUGGUUCUUUCACAGCAUCGAUAAGAAGCCCUGAAAAUGGAGACGAACGAGGUGGACGCCGCACACUCAACUCGGACUGAAGGCUCACUACACAACAAGUGAAUUGUGUUGUGGAGUCUCUAGAAAGAGUUCAAGUGUGGAGAGACUCGCAUUAUGUGAACAGGCCUCCUCGUAAACAGUGCAGAGCCGUCUGUAUGUGACAUAAACAGUUUCUCCAUCGCGCCAGCUGGGACUCCUCCUGGGAAAUUCCCUCAUCUCCGGCUGCGGAGAGGAAUUCUUCCAUGAGAUCCUCUUACAGUCGUGGAAUGUAAAGCUCAUUUACUGUCGUCAACUUGUAACCUACCUACGUACUGUAUGUCACGUCAGUCUACUGUACCUGCAGCUGUACUCGGCUCCACGCUCCGUCACAGCUGCUCCGGGAAGAGGAUUUUGUGAAGUGGUACACGCUCAAGAGGAAUCAACUCCUGGGUGAAAAGUACAGCUGGAGGAAUAAUGAAUGUACCUCAUCUUGAGACUUUUUGGUUUCCCUAAGUGACUAAAAGAAAGGGGAUUUAUCUGCGCCUCUUUCGUUCUUGUUAUUUCAACUCAACUCCACUUUUUGUUGCGUCAGUGUUGUGAUGGCGUGUCACAUUUCGGCAGCGGUUUUGAUGUUCAAAGGUGCUUUUCCCUACACACGAUUGUCGGUAGUCUUCAGUCACUGUCGCGCUGUCCUAGCAAUAACAAGUUGUAGUUAUGAAACUGUGUUAGGAAUAAAACUAUGGAGAGGUUAGCACAAACAUUAAACAGUUGUACUCUAAAGCAGGAGAUUGUGCCUAAAACUUUUGGGUGUAAAUCGGAUUGUUCCUCUCGGCUUUUCUAAACACGUCUCGUCUGUGGCUCACUGAUAGAAACGUGUGUGUUUGUGAGUGCGCCCCUGUGUGUGUGCGUGUGUGUGAGCGUGCCUGUGUGCGAGACUCGGUGUAGUUUAUCACAGCAAAAUAUGUCCGUAUGCAGUGGUUUUCAAGAGCAUCAUAGCAAGCGCCAGUAAACCACAAUUACAAUGCCAAAUGUGUUGAUUUCUGUACAUAUCGGCCACAGAAGUGUCUUGUAUUUAACACUGUUAUUUAAGUUUAUUUAACCUAAAGUUGUUUAUUUUAUUAAGGGUAAUGGAUUUUCUCUUGCUGCACUAAGGAGAGAGAUAAAGCUCUGUGUAUGUUGUAAAGUGUGUAGCUGGGCAGGGCUAAAAAAAAUAAAAAUAAAUAAAAACAAAAAACACAACUAUAUAUUUAAAUAUAUAAAUGAUGACUUUGGAGAUUCCAACAUUUGGAUGCUGCUAGAUUACAGUUUGCUGGUUUGUUUGCUUUUAAACAUGUUGCUCCGUCUCAUUCCCGGGGAGGGGGAGACACUGGAUGUUGUUUUUGUGUUCCGUUUUUUUUUUUUU